AUGGUGACUUUGAUCAGUUUCCUUUGGUUUUUCACCACCAUUAGUGCUCAAAGAUUCGUCAAAACCAGUUCGUUAUUAACAUGUAUGGAUAACUCCCAGUUUACGGCUACCCACUUUGACGUCAAGUUCUUCCCAGAUAACAAUACGGCCGUGGUGGAUGUCACUGCUCUUUCCAAUAUCGAUGCUAAUGUUACCGCCAACGUGGAGUUUAUUGCCUACGGUUUAACUGCCUUCACCAGUAACAUCUCGUUUUGUUCCUUGAAUUACGAGACCAUCUGUCCCUUCACCACCGGGCAUUUGGAAGUCAAUACUGACUUCAAGGUUCCCAAGGCUGAUACCAGUCAGAUCCCAGGUAUCGCCUAUACCAUUCCCGACUUGGAUGCCAGAGUCAGAGUGGUCUUGCUCGACUCUGAUACCGAUGAGACCUUGGCUUGUGUUGAAGCCAUUUUGACCAACGGUAAGACCGUACAAACCAAGUACGCUUCUUGGCCCAUUGCUGCCAUCUCUGGGUUAGGGGUUAUUACUGCUGGUGUGAUUUCAGUCAUUGGCCAUUCCAAUACUGCUGCUCACAUCGCUUCCAACUCGAUGUCCUUGUUUAUCUACUUCCAGAGUUUGGCUAUCACCUCGAUGAUGGCUGUGGCCAAAGUUCCUCCAAUUGCUGCUGCAUGGGCUCAGAAUUUCCAAUGGUCUGUGGGUAUCAUUAAAUUAGGCUUCAUUCAGGAUAUUUCCAACUGGUACAUCCAGUCAACUGGUGGUACUCCAACCGAUAUCUUAGACUCCUCUUAUUUGUCUAUCUCGGUUCAAAAGGCUAAGAGAUCAGCGGUUGAGUUCAUCAAUGAUUUGUAUCAAAAGGCUCAAUACUCUCAACAUGUCACUCUUUUCAAGAGACUUACUUUGUCAAUUGCAACCGAUGACUUUGGUCAAAGUGAUACUUUGGAUCCUGAUUUGUAUUCCGUCAACGAAAAGGACAAUGAUUUGUCGUCCAAAAUUUUAGUGUUGAGAGGUAUUCAAAGAGUCGCCUACUUGGCCGGAAUUGAAAUCACCAAUGUUUUUAUGACCAGUAUCAUCUUCUUGUUGUUCUUUGCCUUUGUCAUGAUUGUUUGUUUGAUGUUAUUCAAAGCUGUUAUCGAAAUUUUGAUCAGAUCCAAAAUCAUGAAUGAAGGUAAGUUUAAUGAGUACAGACAACAAUGGUCAAGUAUUAUCAAAGGUGCAUUGUAUAGAUUGAUGGUUAUUUCUUUCCCUCAUGUGUGUGUCAUGUGUCUUUGGGAAUUAACUACUAGAGAUUCGACUGGAACUGUCGUGGUUGCUGUGUUUUUGUUUGUCAUUUGCUUUGCUUUGCUCUACCAAGCUGCUGUGAGAGUCAUUUUGAGAGGCAGAAGAUCUGUCCAACAAUUCAAGAAUCCUGCCUAUUUGUUAUACGGUGAUGGUCCUUUUUUGAACAAAUUCGGAUUUGUGUAUGUCCAGUACAAGGCUGACUCUUAUUACUAUGUUCUUGCUUCAUUGUCAUACGUAUUCCUUAAGUGUUUGUUUGUGGCAGUAUUGCAGACGAGAGGUGAAGUUCAAUCUGUCAUUAUUUUUGCCAUCGAAUUGAUCUAUUUUGUUGGCUUGUGUUACUUCAGACCUUUCAUGGAUAAGAGAACCAACGCUUUCAAUAUUGUUAUUGCUGUGAUAAACACAAUCAACGCUUUGUUCUUCAUGUUCUUCAGUUACAUCUUUGGACAACCUCAAAUUGUCGCUUCUGUUAUGGGAAUUGUGUAUUUCAUUCUUAAUGCAGUGUUUGCCUUAUUUUUGUUAAUCUUCACAAUUGUUACUUGUGUGUUGGCUUUGGUCUACCAAAAUCCAGACACUAGAUACCAACCAAUGAAGGAUGAUAGAGUUUCAUUCAUUCCAAGAUUCGAUAACAAGAGUGCUAAACCUGGUCAACCAAUCAACCAAGAUGAUGAAGAUUAUGAAUUAAUGGCUUUAGGCGCAAGUGCAAUGAAGGGUCAUGAGAAUAAGGUCCUGCAUUUUGAAGACGAUGAUUCUGUGUAUGACGAAGAGACAUCAUCUGGGUUUGCCAAUCAAAGCAGAAACCAUCAGAACGCCUAUCAGUCUAAUUCAACAACAUCAUUCAAAGCGGAUGACCCAAAGAGAAACAGCUACUACAUGGAAAAUAUGGAACCAACGCAACCAACUUCUACCAUUGUGGGUAAUCCUGGUACUGCUUUCAACAACUACCAAAGAACUGGUCAGGGAAAUAGCAAUAUUGCUUACCAAAACAACAAUAAUAGUUCGAGUUCGGUAAGUUUCAAAAAUCCAUACCAACAAAAAUCAACCGCGUAUGGGGGCUCUUCAUCUAACCAAAGGGUGAAUUUCAGGUGA